CAAUACUCGAUAUUACUUUCAAAAUGCGUCGAAGAAUAACCCUCCUCCAGCACGCCUCCACCCCCUACGACCCAACCCAAGCCCACCUCUCCCCCGACGCCCUCUCCCUCCGCACCCUCGACGCCGCCCGCGAAGACCGCACCACUUUUGCUUUGGAUGAGAUUCCUUCUGAGCUCAGGAAAGUCCUACAAUCAUGCUAUCAGCUUCAUGUGAGGUGGGCGAGUGAGAGACCCGCUGGGGCGCCGGCGCCGUUUGCGAGUCGUGUUAGUUCCGGGUUGCAUGUUUUGUUUACGCCUGGGGAGGGGGUGGAUGGGGAUGGAGAGUCUCUGUGUCAGACACUGAAGCAAGCAUUCGGGGAUGAGGUGGAUUGUGUUUCUCCCGAGUCAUCAUUCAUCACCCCCCCAAUCCUCUCCACCCGCUUCGCCGCCUCUACUUCGUCCCAAUUCUACUCCCGUCUUCCAUCCCUCGACUCCCUCAUUGCCUACAUCGAACGCGGCGUCUGCGCGUCGUCCUCGGACCCCGAUAGCUGCCACCAACAAGCGGAGGCCCUCCGCUCCGCUGACUCCCUCGACAUCAACUACGAUAGUAUCUCGCAUGCGCUGACCGUCUCCGGGUUCUGGGACUCCGCGCCGCAAGGCGGGUGGACGGAGGAGAUUGCCAAACCGGUCCGCAAGGGGACGGAUCAGAUUGAGGUUGGCUUGCUCGGUGCCGAACCGGCGAAGGAGCCCGAGGAGAUCAAGAUGGGAGGCUUACUGGGUGUCGUGGGGAAUGAUGAUCAACUGAAACCCACGCUUUUCUCCUUCCCCGCACGUCAUCACGAUCUCCCCAACGAAGCCACCUACAGCGUGUCCUUCCCCCCGCCAACAGGGCUGCACCCAACAAUGACAAUCUCCCUGCCGCAGGCAUCACUGCAUCGCCCGCCCGCUCCACCCGACGCGACCUGCGCGCUACACACCUACCUCACGCUCCCGUCCACCAUCUUCGGCGACAAGUACCAGCUCUCGACAACCGACCCGCUCUUCCUAUCCUCGCACAACCUCGCCGCCCUCCGCGCCGUAGCAGGCGAAACCGACCUCGAAGCCCCAGACUGGUCCGUCUCCCGCUGGGGCUCAACCUGGCUCCUAGAGCUCGCCACGCCGGACCCAACCUCCGACGAAUGGAACGUCACCGUCCCACUCCACCUCCGCUACCUCAAGCCCUCCGAGUCAGGGAUCCGCUCCGCAGCCGUGCCCUGGCCCGUCGUCUUCUGGGCCUGCACAGCCGAAGACGGCACCAAGAUGGGCGUCAAUCCCUUUGACAGGGCGAAUCUCGGCUGGGACGGCCUGUUCGGCCCGCGGACGAUGUUCUACCAGCUGCACCCGGCGCCGCAGCCGGGCGCCCCGCUCGUGGAAGAGCUGGAGGUGCCUGUUCUUCGACUAGAGAAUGAGGGUAUCUUCCAGGGUAAGGUGAUUGAGUUGGCUACUGUGGCGGUCAUCUCGUUGGGAUUUGUGUGGGUGUUGUGGAAGUUGGGAUUGGUGGUGCGGGGUUCGGGUGGAGGCGUGGAUGCAAGGAAGAGGGAGAAGAGGGGGAAGGCGGAGUAA